AUGAGUAGGAGAUUUUGGCGACAUCGCGACGGAGGGCCGGCCGAAACCGCCGGUUCUGCAGUUGGGGAACGCGUCGGACUCCUCAGCAGAUUUCGCAGCAGAAAGUCGGAGAAAUUAUUGCGACCUCCUUCGGCAGACGUUUCCUCAGCCGCUUCCUCUCCCCGCUCAAGUCAUUUGAUUCCAGAUGGCCACUCUGGGGACGCCACACGCACCCCCAGCCGCAGUAUUGAACGGUCACUCUGGGAUCGCGCUUACACGGAGCUCGCAAAACAGUGCCCGGAAUUAGUGGAGAAGUACGAAAAUCUGCUGGUGACGGAAUCUUCGUCUAUAGGCUCAAUUCCAGAUGAAUCACUCCACGCGAAAAUUGCGGCGCGCGGCGCGGCGCCCGAAGUUGUUGUGCACUUUGACCGUACCCGAUUCUACGCAAUAGCUGAAGAAGGGUUGGCACAAAUGGAAGACAAAAGAACAAAGUUUCGUGUUGGCAGUCUCGAAGUCGUUCCCAAGGAACACAUAACUCAUGCCGCCGAGCUACUGCUGUGGGCCCAAGACUGGAUCGGUGGCGCUCUCAAGGCCUCCCCGGAAGCCUCGAUGGCUUGGGCAGGCAUCUGCCUCGUUCUUCCCUUGCUCACAAACCCAACCACAGCCGAUGAGGCGAACCGCGAUGGUUUCGGAUAUGUCAUGGCACGUAUGCGAUACUAUACCGCCCUUGAAUCACUGGUCGAAGAUCUUGGUCGGAGCUCCAAUACAACUGAUGCCUUGACGCAGGCCUACGAGUCUAUCGUGUUACUCUAUCAAGGCAUCCUCGAUUUCCAAUUUCGAAGUGUCCUGCGAUUCUACAGGAACCGAUUCAAGCGCUAUGCUGGAGAUAUGUUUCUUUCGGAUGAUUGGAGUAAGAAAAGAGAGGGGAUUGAAAAGCUUGAGGCAAUCGUGAAUGAGAACUUGCGCCAAAUCAAUGAAUUGGUGGCAAGGCAGCACUUGGGGUCUCUAAACCAGACAAGCACUGCGUCUUUGGAAACUUUGCAAGGACUCCUAUCUCUUUCCAAGCAGCAGCUGGAAGUCACAGAGCAACACCGUGCUCUCGCGCAAGAGCAGCUUUCGCUCCAACAAGAUGGCGUCAAGCGGCACCAAUCAGACAAGGAAGAAAAGUGUCAUCAGCUCUUUCGUCUCACAUCUAGCAAAAAGGAUGCAACGUACGAAUGGUACAAAGAUCGUGUUGAAAACCAUGUCGAAGGUACGUGUCAGUGGCUCCUUACGCAUGACAAUUUCCAAGGAUGGAUGGCACAAGAGUCUGGGAUGCUCUUGGUCUCAGCAGAUCCUGGCUGCGGAAAGUCUGUGUUGGCUAAACAUUUGAUCGAUGUCACCUUGCAACCGGCAACCAUUUGCUACUUCUUCUUCAAGGAUCAAGACCAGAACACCGUACGCCAAGCACUUUGUGCCCUGUUGCACCAGCUCUUCUCCCAAAAACCUUUCUUGAUCAAACAUGCCAUGAACGAGUACUCCAAGAAUGGACAAGGACUGGUCAACAUCACGGCAUCUUUAUGGAACAUAUUCGACAGCGCCGUCCAGGAUUCUCAGGCUGGAGCUAUCGUCGUUUUUUUGGACGCCUUGGAUGAAUGUGCUGAAAGUGAAUUCGAGGACCUAGUUCGACAUCUGAAGCCAAGAUACCUUGAGGAUCGUUCAAGCAGUCACAAGUUGAAGUUUCUUCUAACAAGCCGCCCGUACAACCAAAUUGUAUCCGAGUUUAGGGAUCUAGUCGACAACAUUCCCCGUAUUCAUAUACCCGGAGAAGAGCAUUCGGAUGCCAUAAGCCAAGAGGUCAAUCUCGUGAUUGAGAAUCGAGCCAAGUCGUUGGGGUUGUCGUCCGACCUCACUACCCAUCUGACUGGGAAAUUACUGGAGAUUCCGCACCGUACAUAUCUCUGGGUACACCUCGUUUUUGAUGACCUGGAGAAAGAUGGCUUCAAAAAGACCCCCAAGGGUGUGGAGCUCGCCAUCGCAAAGCUUCCGAAGAGCGUCAAUGAGGCAUACAACCAAAUUCUUGAGAAGUCAAAGGAUCCCUCCACGGCUAAAGCAGCCUUGGCUAUCAUCUUAGCGGCACAGCGCCCGCUGACACUUUCGGAAAUGAAUGUCGCUGUGAAUAUGCAAAGCAACCAUCGGAAGUUCUCUGACCUUGAUUUAGAGGCCGACGCGGACUUUAAAUCAACUUUGAGAUCUUUGUGUGGAUUGUUUGUGUCAAUUCAUCAUGGAAAGGUGUAUUUUCUUCAUCAAACCGCUAGAGAAUUCCUCCUAGCCGACCCAUUGUCCACAGAAGCCCAAUCAACGUUGAAUUGGCAUGGGUCCAUUAACAUGCGCCAGGCACAUACAGUCCUCGCAGGGAAAUCCAUACAUUACCUAGCGCUCUUCAAUACCUCUAAUUACGACCCUGAUAUCGAGAAUAGAACAUUCUUGGACUACUCUGCCGGGAAUUGGGGGGUUCACUUCCGCGAAGCCACAAUUGCCGACAGUAACCCUCUGGUCUCUAUCGCUCUUGCAAUUGGUGACCCAGAUUCAGUUAGCUAUUCUCUCUGGUUCGAGAGAUAUUGGUCCACGAAAGGUCCGAACUAUAAAGCCCCUUCAAAUUUCUCGAACAUUUUCUUAUCAACUUUCUUUGGCCACGUGGCCACUUUGAAAAUGUUGAUAGUGACUGGGAAAAUCGAGAUCGAUUCGAGAGAUCAGCUUUACCAUCGGACGCCAUUGUCUUACGCCGCUGAAAGAGGCCACGACGCUGUUGUUAAAUUGCUGCUAGCAACAGGGAAAGUCGAUAUCAACUCGAAAGAUAGAUACGGUAAAACACCGUUGUUUCGCGCCACCCAAGAGGGCCAUAAGGCUAUUGUUGAACUGCUUCUGGCAACUGAAAAGGUUGAGGUUAACUCGAGAGACAAAAACGGUAUAACGCCUUUAUCGUGGGCUGCUAGGUACGGCGAAGAAGCUGUCGUCAAAUUGCUGCUGGCAACUGAAAAGGUUAAAGUUAACUCGAGAGAUAAUGACGGUAUAACGCCUUUAUCGUGGGCUGUUAGGAACCGCAACGAAGCUGUCGUCAAAUUGCUGCUAGCAAUUGAAAAGGUUGACGUUAACUCGAGAGAUAAUGACGGUAUAACGCCUUUAUCGUGGGCUGCUAGGUACGGCGAAGAAGCUGUCGUCAAAUUGCUGCUAGCGUCUGAAAAGGUAGUUGUCGAUACUCCAGAUAAGUAUGGUCGGACGCCGGAAGUUCGGGCUGCGGGGAGCGGCUAUCAGGAUAUCGUCAGAUUGCUGCGUACAGCGUCGAAGCAACAGUGCUCUCCUGUUCGAACAUAG